AUGGCCCCCACACCCCGCACACGCGCUACACAAGCGCGUGUCGCUAUUGACCCAGAUCUCCGCGCUAGCAUUGUCCACCUCCCAGCGUCGUUGUGUGCGACUUUGCUAGCUCGCGAUGUUGUGCCGCAGACCCUCCUUGUGGAGCUCGGCACAGACACCCAAACGUACUACUGCGGAUGGACAGGACUCAGUGCGAGUGCCUCUGUCUUAAGCGAUCCCAAUGCGGGGGAGCGCCUUGUCGUGAGCCCUGCGUUGGCCUCGCUCUUUACGCCGGCGCUCAACGACCAUACCAACGUCUCCCUUCGUCUGUUUCGGUCGCCGCCUGUGCCAGUCGCGCAGGAAGUGCAUGUGACGCCCCUAUCGCCGGACGACUGGGAAAUUCUUAGCGUACAUGCAGAAGAGGUGGAAAACAAUAUGCUCGCGCAGGUCCGCGCGGCCAAGCAAGGGCAAGUGCUGGCCGUAGCGGUGGGCCGCAGCGCUGCGACGGUGGUCAAGUUCCUGGUCGACCGUACUGUCCCACCUACUAGGCCUCUUGACGACGACGAAGCGGCUGAAGACGGCGCGAGCAUCGCCGUGCGGCUGUCAACGGACACAGAAGUGAUCAUUGCCCCGCGCGAACGUACGCAGCCCACGACAGAACCUGCCAAGACUCUCGAUACCACGGCGCCCAGUUCGGCCUCGCAAGGCCCUCUCACAGCGCAUCUGGCUCAAACGGCCCUGCAAGAUGUGCUAUGGCGUGUCUUGCCUACCUCGUUUACAAUUCCUCACGAAGAAGAGCAUGUGUGGUCCAUUGUCGUGCCAGCAGCCAUGGCACCGCCGUCCGUGGAUCGGCCAGCGUACGAACUGGUCGCACUGGCCUUUAAGCACGGCAAGCUGUGUGCCACGCGCGUCGCCUGCCCGACGAUGGCCCAAGCGGAAGGCCACGAAAGCGCGCCGGCGACGGGCACAGCGACGUUUGUCCCCGGCGCUCCGCCAGACUUGAGCGAGACGGACGAUGGCGCAUCGUACUGUGCAUGGCCUUCGCGUCAUAUCUGGAUGGGCGCAGCGCUUCGUGAAAAGCUGGGCGUGCAGGACGGCGAUGUCGUGGCGCUCUCGCCACCGCCGCCCGGCGCCGUGCGUGAAGCGAGUGACGUGGAUGAGACUGGGGUGCGUUUGCAGGCGCAUGCGCCUCAGAUCCGCGCCGGCUUGGACAAAGUACUUGAUCCAUGCUGGCAGGCGGUGCACCAUGUACACCAUGUGCGGCAGCUCAGUCUUGCGGAGCAGGGACGCAUGGAUGUCGGCGCCGACGCGCGGCUGGCCACGAUCCAGCGGCCCUUUGCAGGGACCAGUGCGCUGCUUCUCACAGGCCCGACGGGCGCAGGCAAGACGAGCCUGGCGCAGGCGGUCGGAUGGAAAGCGGCGAGCGAUCCAAGCACGCUGUAUCGCACGAUGCUGAUCAACUGUGCGACGUACAUGGAAGAGCGUCUGCCGUUGGUUCGUGCGCGCUUCAAAGAGUGGCUGGACGAUGCGGCAUGGCAUGCACCGACGCUCUUGAUCCUGGACAAUCUCGAUAUGCUGAUCCCUGCGGAGGGCGAGAACGUCGAUGCAUGGCGCUCGACGCACCUCGCGCGUGCGCUGGUCCAACGUAUCGAAGAAACGGUGCGUGACUAUGACGUGUUUGUGAUGACCACGGCGCAAGCGCCGACCAAUGUCCAUGCGCAUAUCCAGAAUGCCCGCAUUUGGACAGACAGUGUGCACAUCAAGCCACCCGGCAAGGACGAACGCUCGGCGAUUCUUCAGCAGUUGGUGAGCGAGGUGGCCCACAAGGCACAGCAGGCGCGUCCUGAGCUGGACUAUGUCGCGUUGGUCAACCAUACGGAUGGCUACCAUGUCGCCGACCUGCAAACGCUCACGGAUCGAGCUGUUCACGAGGCUACCAUUCGGUGCCUAUUGCAAGCGCAGCCCGUGUCGUUGAGCAUGGCCGACUUUGAGCGUGCGCGUGAAGGGUACACGCCACUGUCCUUACGCGACGUCAAGCUGGAGGCCUCCACUACACACUGGGCCGAUAUUGGCGGCCUGCACGAGACGCGGCAGACACUGCGAGAGACGUUGGAGUGGCCGACCAAGUAUGCGGCGAUCUUCGCCAAGUGUCCCUUGCGUCUUCGGUCUGGCCUGCUGCUGUAUGGCUACCCAGGGUGUGGCAAGACACUGCUGGCGAGUGCCGUGGCGAAAGAGUGUGGCCUCAACUUUAUCAGUGUCAAAGGCCCAGAGAUCCUCAACAAGUAUAUUGGUGCGAGUGAAAAGUCGGUGCGUGACUUGUUUGAGCGUGCGCAGGCGGCCAAGCCAUGUGUGUUGUUCUUUGACGAGUUUGACUCCAUUGCGCCGAAGCGUGGGCACGACAGUACAGGCGUCACGGACCGUGUCGUGAACCAAAUGCUCACGCAAAUGGAUGGCGCGGAAGGCUUGGAUGGCGUGUACGUCCUAGCCGCCACCUCGCGACCUGACCUGAUCGACGCGGCACUCUUGCGUCCUGGACGUCUCGACAAGUCGCUCCUGUGCGAUAUGCCGUCGCAGGCGGACCGCCUCGACAUUCUUAAGGCCAUUGCACGCAAAGUCCACGUGGCAUCAGACGUCGACUUGGCCCACUGGGCGCAGCGCACAGACGGCUACUCGGGCGCGGACCUCCAAGCGCUCGUGUACAAUGCGCACUUGGAAGCGAUCAACGAGCGGAUUCGCGACGAAGAGCAGCCUCAUGCCAUCACGCGGCCAGACGAUACGCCGAACGUGUCGUAUGUCGCGCUAGCGCCAACGAACGAGGCCCAAGCACCUACCACGCAAAGCCACGCCCAGAAAGCCGCGCUGGCCGAUCGGCUGCAGCGUAUGCUGCGCCCAGCAUCCCACGCCACGGCGCCGCAGGUAGUCGACCAGGCCACGAACGACGUGACGACUGAGGCCAUGCUCGUCCGCACGCGCCACUUGCACACCUCGUUCCAGUCGACCCGACCCAGUGUGCCCCAGGACGAAAUCGCACGACUCCGCCGCAUUUACCGCGAGUUCGCUGGAGAUCGAGAUGGCCAUUUCCCCGAUGGCACGCCUCAGUCGGGCGUCGGCGCACGAACGAGUCUCAUGUAG